AGUCGUGUAUUCUAUAAGAGUCACUAUCCCAAACUUGAUGAGCUGAAUGCACUGAUACCUACUCAGGCCAUAAUUCAGAUGAGAAAAGUUUGAUUUACUUUUUUCUGCUCCUGCCAACAAGAUGAGACUCAACCUAAUUCUUCUCUGCUUGACCGCGUGGGUGACCUCGGUCCUCUCAACUCAGAGGCCUGGUGUAAACUGUUGUCCUGGCUUGUCCAACACCAAAGUGCGACUUCAGAACAUUGUGAACUACACCAUUCAGUCUGUGGGCGUCUGUCCCAUUAAAGCCGUUUUGUUUUACACUCGCAGUGGAAAACGCAUUUGUGCAGACCCCGACAGAUGUUGGACACAGGAAGCUAUGUUAAAAGUGGAUGGAGGAGUUUCGCUGCAGCGUCGACAGCAUAACAACAAUUUAGCAGGCGGCUGUGUGACAGCGCCACCACGCGUCAAGUCAAAAAAGGCACAAAGGAGGAGAGUUCGCAAAUUAAGAAGGCUGAAAGUGCAGGAAAUGCUUGCCAGAAGAAGAAAAAGGCAAUAAUCCAAUGUCCUGUAACAUCACUUUAA